GCAGAUACAUGUUAACUAUCCCUAUCCCGAAUGAUAGUCUGCUUGGAUUUCCGCAGCAACUCUGCUGGUUUCAGAUUCUAUCUCUGACUCCGCAAGGUGUUCGCGGGGGGUCUUUUGGGGGAGAACCAGUACCUGAUCAAACCAUCAAACCCCUCCGCAGGUCACGAUACCGGUUCUCUCUUGCCGAUCGUCUAGAAUCCCGCAAACCAGACCAGACCAGACCAAACACCUCAGACAACAAUACUCGAGGACCAACCCGUCUAUCCCAUUUCGAACAGUCUACAGUCCGUUAUUCCUCUCCUCAAAACCUCCCCCAUACUCUGUACUGCCGCACCAUCCCUCCGAUGAGCCCGUAUCGGCGGCCGUGAUGAGCCAAGAUGAGCCAGUCCUCUUCGACAACAGAGCGCACCGCGCCUGAGCUCCGGUACGUGCAGUACGAAAGCAGCCGGGAAAACGAGUACGUCGCAGCGAUGAGGCAAUUGAUCUCCAAGGAUCUCUCGGAGCCCUACAGCAUAUACGUCUACCGCUACUUUCUGUACCAAUGGGGGGACCUAUGUUUCAUGGCCAUGGACGACCAGGAUAACCUCGUCGGGGUGGUGGUAUCCAAGCUCGAACCGCACCGCGGCGGUCCGCUUAGAGGGUAUAUCGCCAUGUUGGCAGUUAGGGAGGAGUAUAGAGGGAAGGGGAUAGCGACGAAGCUGGUGCGCAUGGCGAUUGAUGCUAUGAUCGAGCGGAAUGCAGAUGAGAUCGCGCUCGAAACCGAAAUCUCAAAUACCGCCGCUAUGAAACUAUACGAACGUCUCGGAUUUCUUCGCAGCAAACGCUUACACCGAUACUAUCUGAACGGUAAUUCCGCAUAUCGUCUUGUUCUGUAUCUCAAAGAAGGCGUCAGUUCCAUUCAGCCGGAAUUCGAUCCAUAUGCUCCUGUUGGUACGGAUUCUGGUCUUGGUUUCAAUGACUCUGGAGCUCCGCUGCUCGGCGGGAACGGGCGAUAAUGAUGUUAUGAUUGUCAUGUCUGUGUAGGACCGUUGAUACUGCUUAUGGAUGCCCCUGAGACAGAGACUGUUGGCGCCAGAAGGAUGAAGAUGAGGAUACCAAUGGAUGAGUUAAGUUGUCAUGUCCAGUAUUGACUGGGUCUGUGGACAGUACAUGCGCCGAUACUUUGGAUUCUCUUGGAAAAAGUCGUGACAGAUCAGAGAUAAAUUUAUACCCCUUUAGACAUUCCAUAUUAUUCAGUUCGCC